AUGGCUUAUGGAACAUUCCAUAAAGGAGGGUGUUCCUCUACAAUUUAAGUCAUAACAAGAUAUAAAUCUAAUUAUUAAACCUAAAACAAAAAGAAUUCAAUGAAAAUACUAUUCUCAAUGAUUACUAUGUUUACUCUCAUUAAAACAUAAAUUUUGUCUCAAUAUUCACUAAGUGAUAAUAAGCUAAUAAUUAGCUUAGAAACCUUAGAAAAUGAAUCUGUCAUAAAUUUCUAAAAUUAGGAUGUAAGAAUAUAUUUAACCUUAGGGUUAAUUCGAAGAUGAAAUUUUCUGUGAUAAGAGUAGAUGUGAAUGUACAUUUGCUUAAUCUAAUAUUUCAUAAGGACAAAUAGAAAUAUUGGAAUGUAGUUAGAAUAGAUUACAAAUACAAAGAUCUAAUUCAAACUUGAUUGCAAGUUUAGGAACAUCUUCAAGAAGAAUGAUGGCAGAAGUAUAUACAGACAGCGAUAUGACAGAUUAAAAAACUGUUGAUUCAAGAUUGACAAUUAAAUGGAAAUUCAACAGUGAUGGAACUAUAGAAUUUGCAACAAUUUGGAAUAAGAAGACCUGGUUAGGAAUAGGAUUUGGAUCAUCAGUAAAUUUAUUGAAUAACUUUCAUAGAUGAAUAACGCUGAUAUGAUAACUAUUAAUGUAUCUGGAACAACAGUGGAAUUGUUAGAUUUAUAUUCAACAUCUAAAGCCACACCUCCAACUGAUUCUCAACAAGAUUAUACUUUAAUUUCAUAUGAAGUAGGAAGUGCUUCAGUUAAAGCAAGAUUCAAGAGAAAACUCUCCACUGGUGACUCUAAAGAUAAGACCUUAGUAAAAGGUAGUACAUAUAAUUGGUGCUAUGCUUAUUCAAGUGCUUUAAGUAUUUUUACAUUGCUUAUCCUUUAGAAAUGGAAAUGCAUACUGUUAAUUUAGGAUUUUCAAUUACUCUUAAAGAUAGUGGAACUACAGACACUGGUUCAACAUCAGGUUCAAGUGGUACAACAAGUGGAUCAACAUCAGGUUCAACAAGUGGUUCAACAUCAGGUUCAACAAGUGGAUCAACAUCAGGAACAAGUGGUUCAACAAGUGGUACAACAUCAGGAACAAGUGGAUCUUCUAGUUCUGGAUCCACUUCAUCAACAGGAUCAGGAUCUAAUGAUACUAAUUCAACUGAUUCCAAUUCUGACGAUGAUAAUGAAAAUUCAGAAAAUGACGAUUCAGAUUCUGAUUCUGAUUCCGAUUCAGAUACCACUAUCACAACAUCAAGAACAUCAUUCCAAAUUUAAUUAGCUGCUAUCUUCUUGAUUUAAAUAUUUUUAUAUUGA